AUGUCAUUCGGCGUCAUGAAGGUGUUUGUUGUGUUGAGUGUGUUGGCUAUUGGGCUGGUUUACUGCCAGACCAACCCCGAAUCUUCGGUUCAUUGGCGUAAGUGAGAUUUGGGAAAAUUUGGAUAUUGCAGUAGCCAUUUGAUAUAAAACUGGGAAAAAACGUCAAUUAUGCGGAAAAAAUCAAGAUUCCAAAGUAGAUUAGUCCUUUAUGAGGCUUGAAUUUGCAUUUUCAGUCAUUGAACCGCAAGAAAUUUUCAAAAAUUUUGAAUUCCCGCCAUUUUUGGCAUUAUGUUCCGAAGUGUUUAAUUUAGCUAGAAACAAGCCAAAGGGCAUUUAAAACACACAGAACUCACUGUAGAUUCAACAGAGUGCCCUUCAAGAUCAAUUCGAAUUUGAAUUUUUGAAUUCCCGCCACUUUUGGCAUUGUGUUUUAUAUCUCCUAAACUAAUCAAAAUUACUCUCAAAAGCGAGAACUAGUCGUGAGAAUACGAUAAAUUGUUCUAAUUUUUCAUCCCUUAGACGAUUGGUAAUUUCUAGACAAAAAAUUAUAUUAUCCAUGAGAUCAAAAAUUUUUGAUUUUCAUUACAAAUCUCCCAAAUAUAGGUGAAAUACGGUUGAUAAUUAAUACCAAUAGAAAGAAGGACUCUUGUAAAAUCGUUUUUCUUCAGAAUGGAGAGACUUGAUUUGCACCACGAAGGAAGGAAGUGGUCCCGACAAGAUCAGCAAGGAGAAGGCCAGCUGCACGAUUGCCCUUCGUGAAACUGAAACUGAUCGGACUCGGCGAUUGGGAGAGAAGGAAGCCGGCUGCUUUGAUGUGAGUUACAUUUUUUAUUUGUCUCUUUUUUGACAAAUUACAAAUUUUGUAUUUUGCACUGUGCAGUCAAAAAAGAAAAGCGUUUUUUGAGCUGCACAGUGCAGAAAAAUACAAUUUGAUGUUUGCAAUGUACAUUAAAAGUACAGAUUUUUACUACUGAAAAAUUCGCACAGUACACAAUUCAAUGGGUACCGCACAGUGCAAAUUUUUAGUUUUUCUGCACUGUGCAGUCAAAAAAGAAAAAUGUUUUUUGAGCUGCACAGUGCAAAAAAAUGAAAUGUGAUAGUUUCACUGAGCAGUAAAAGGGAAGUUUUUUAUUUUCGAAAAUUUGCACAGUGCACAAUUCAAUUGGUAUUGCACAGUGCAAAUUUUUAGUUUUUCUGCACUGUGCAAGCCGAAAAACAAGGCUCGUUUUCGACUGCACAGUGCAAAAUUUGGUUUUCUUUCAAUGCACGGUGCAGUCAUAAAAUAAAAAAAAAUCUUUCCUGAAAUAAAAAAAAAUCAAAAUUCGAAAAAAAAAUUGUCGUAAAAAUUCGAAAAAAAUUCAGGAGACCGUGAACGGCACCGCCCGCACUUAUUGCGACCUCCAUUGUCCGCACGCCGACACCGUCUACCUGAUCAAACGCGACCCGCAAGUCCACCGCUCCUGCUUCGUCUUCUACACGCAUCGGCUGGAGCGGCGCGGCGACGAUUGGUUCCUGUGGAGAGACAAGAACUGCAGACAGUCGCAGAUCACGUUCACCAUCCGCUGCGAGUUCCUCUUCAACCGCCGGGAAUUCCCCUCCGACAAGGAGGUGUUCGAGCGCGCCAAGAAGCGGAUUGCCUAA